CCCGAGAACUCCUCCCACUCGCACGAACCAAGACAAAACGAUGACGCUCUCCUCCUCAUCGCGCCGCCGCGUCUAACCCUCCGGCGACUCAACUCCGGCGACCCGAUCCGCGCCACCACGCCAUUGCCGACCUCUGAUGCGCACGUAAUCUACCCCGCUUUCGCUUCCGCGCAAUCCGCCGCCAUGGGCAUGGGGAUGGGGGGCGCGAGAGGAGGCACCGGGGCCUGGGUCGCCGGCGAGCGGUGGCGGAGGAUCCUCUUCCUCGCGCUGGCGUCCCUGUCCUUCCUCCUCUCCCUCAUCCUCCUGUUCCUCUCCGCGCCGCGCCUCCACCUCCCGAGCCUCGCCCCCUCCUCCGCUGCCGCAUCCGCUGUCCGGCGCGGGCCCGACGCGCCGCCCUGCCUCGCCUACCUCCUCACGGGCGCCCGCGGCGACGGGCGCCGCCUCCUCAGGCUCCUCCUCGCGGUCUACCACCCGCGCAAUCGCUACGUCCUCCACCUCUCCGCCGACGCGCCCGACGCCGAGCGCCUGAGCCUCGCCGCCGGGGUCGCCGGCGCUGCGCCCGCGGUGGGCGCGUUCGGGAAUGUCGCCGUCGUCGGCACCCCCACCGCGGGGACGCCCGUGGGAUCCUCCGGGCUCGCCGGCACGCUCCGCGCCGCCGCGGUGCUGCUCCGGCUCCACCCCGACUGGGACUGGUUCCUGACCCUCAACGCUGCCGACUACCCCCUCGUCACCCAAGACGACCUGAUUCAUAUCUUAUCAUCUGUUCCAAGGGACCUUAACUUCAUUGAUCACACAAGUGACAUUGGACCGAAAGAAUCUGAGAAAGUACAAGAAAUGAUAGUCGAUGCUGGAAUUUACUUGUCAGGGAGGACCAACUUCUUCCGAGCUACACAGAAACGACCUACUCCUGAUGCUUUUAAGUUCUUCACAGGUUCUCCAUGGGUCAUUCUAAACCGGCAGUUUAUAGAGUACUGCAUUCUUGGUUGGGAGAAUCUCCCUCGGAUUCUUCUCAUGUACUUCAACAAUGUAAUGCUACCCCAGGAAGGAUAUUUCCACUCAGUCAUAUGCAACUCGCUGGAUUUCCGCAAUCUCACUGUGAACAAUGACUUGAGGUUCAUGGUGCGGGAUGAUCCAUCUCAGACAGAGCCCAUUUUCCUCAGCAGGGAACAUUAUGGUCAGAUGGUGGAUAGUGGGGCACCUUUUGCGAGGCCGUUUCGAGAGAAUGAUCCUCUGCUGGACAUGAUUGACGGCAACAUACUCAAGCGUUGGAGCCAUGGGGCCAUUCCUGGUGCCUGGUGCUCAGGGAGGAAGAGGUGGUUCAGUGAUCCAUGUUCCCAGUGGGGUGAUGUGAACAUUGUGAGACCUGGCCCUCAAGCUGUGAAGUUGCACCAAUACAUAAAUCGGACUUUAGGAGAGGCAAAAUCGCGUAGCAACUCAUGCAAGUGAUGCAUUGUUAUCAGGGGCCUCACAUCACACCCCAUGGUUGAAAGCUUCGAACUUAUUCAAUCUCUCCGGGGCUCUUCACUAUGCUGAAUAAGUAAUUGUUCCCUCCCUGAACUGAAACAAGCACUUCUUGUGCCUGAAUAUACACAGCGAUGGAGGGCUGUGGUAGAUUCUUUUCUAGAUCUUUUUGUGGCAACUAUCACAAUCAUGGCUGAAGAGUUCCUCUGCGGUCUAGGUAACCUCCAUCGACCAUUUCUGGCUCCACUGCGAUAUUGAAGACAGAUAGCUUAGAGGCUAGAGCAGAUGCUUAUAUAGGUGGUGUAGAUCAUUUGUUGUGAUCAUUUUGAGUGAUGUCCUAUUGGUGCUAUUCACAGCACAGCUGAAAAUGGGUUAAUCCUUGUGCUCUCAGAAUGGCAGAAUUGGAGAAAUAAAGUAGAACAGGGUAUCUUGUUGUCUUACUGGACUACUUAGCUUUCACAUGCUUAGAAUUAUCACUUGAAGAUACUCCGUAGUGUCCCUUAUUCUCUCGAAUUUUCUGGUAAUAUCAUUGUACUGAUAUUAUUUUUACAUUUCCCCCUGGAAAUUUGUCUUACCUCAAGAUCCAUUUCCCAAGACAUAGCCUGUAUCCAAGUGACAGAUUAACUGAUAUAGAGAUAAUUUCUCAGA